CAUCUCUCCCAGCCCAUGCAUUCAGUCCCACAGCUGCCUUAUAAGACGGCAGCCCGCAGCUGCGCCGAUCACUGAUCCAAGGUGAACCUCCGCACGCGCUCACGCCGCCGCCGGGGAAUCUUUGCAGGAGGAAUAGAAGGCGCACCGUCGGAGACGCAAUGCUGGUCAAACUGGCCGUGGCGCUGCUGGUUUUGUCAGUGCUGGAGCAAGUAGUGGGAUCGGAUAAUAUUGAUAUUCAUGACAGUCCCCCGGAGAAGCCGGCGAGCCAGAAAGGACGCCUGUCCCUGCAGAACACUGCUGAGAUCCAGCACUGCCUGGUGAGUGCAGGGGAUGUCGGCUGUGGUGUGUUUGAGUGCUUUGAGAAUAACUCCUGCGAGAUACGAGGGCUACAGGAAAUCUGCAUGACGUUCCUGCACAACGCUGGCAAAUUUGACUCUCAGGGAAAGUCCUUCAUCAAGGAUGCGUUGAAAUGUAUGGCACAUGGUCUACGGCACAAGUUCAGCUGCAUCAGCAGAAAGUGUGUGUCCAUUAAGGAGAUGGUGUUCCAGCUGCAGAGAGAGUGCUACAUGAAACACAACCUGUGCUCCGCCGCCAAGGAAAACGUGGCCGUCAUGGUGGAGAUGAUCCAUUUCCAAGACCUGUUCCCAAAGGGCCCGUAUGUGGAGCUGGUGAAUAUCCUCCUGAGCUGUGGAGAGGAAGUGAAGGAGGCGCUGACGCGGAGCGUCCGGCUGCAGUGCGAGCAGAACUGGGGGGCUCUGUGCGACAGCCUGAGCCUCUGCUCCUCCCUCGCUCCUUCCCCCGCGAGCGCUGCCGCCGCCGUCGCCGUCGAACACCACCGCCACCCCCCGCCGCCCUCCCACCCCGAGCCGGAGCACCCCCGUCUCCCCCGGCAAGGCGAGAAAGACAAAGCUGCCAAGGCCGGCUUCAACGCUCACCCGCGCAAUCGCAGCCAGGGGCCCCGGCGCCACAGCCCGGAGGCAGCGGCGGCGGCGGCGGCGGCGGCAGCAGCGGCGGCGGUGGCCGAGCAGGAAGACACCAAGGCCAGCGACAUCCGGAGGUGAAAGCUCAGGAGGCCGCCACUGACCUUUGACCCCUUAUAUCAUUUAAAAGCCACACUUGCAGACUUAUGCACACCUCCACACAAUAGCACUCACAUGCAUACACUUGUCCACAUCGUACACAAACUCCCCGACAGAACUGAGGAGAAGAAAACAAGCCCCGACCUUUUCCUGUCCUUAUUCCGCCCUCUCCAGUCAUUCCAGCAGUCCCACAUGGUAAACUUGCAGGGUAAUUGUGGUGUAGCUUGUACUGUUAUGCCAGACUGUAGGCCACAAUUUUUUUUUUUUUGAAAAUUGAAUAACAAUUGUUAUUAGCAUGGGUAUUUCAACUGUUAGGACUAUUUUGACUCUAAUAUGGCAUUUUUUUUUUCAAAUCAUACUUACUGUAAGAUUUGAUUAUAUUUGUAUUAUUUAUUUUAUUCUUUAUGCAAUGUUGAAAUAUCAAAAUGUACAUAGAAAUAUACUUAUCUAUAUUUAUAUAAACAUGUAUAAAUAUAGUUACAAUAUGCAAUACUGAUAUACUAUAGAAGACAUAGUAUAUGGUGUGCUGUCUGUUGUUCUCUGGACAGUAUUGCACCCAUCACCCAUCGGCCUGUAGAUAUGUAACAUACACCGUUUGCUGUUUCAGAGUGGGAUUAUGUAUUAUAACUAUAGAUACUUGAUGAUUAAAUACAAAUUGUACAGGAUUUAAGUCCAGUUCUGGCACAUAUGAAUUUUAGUGCAUGAUGGUCAUAAAGCCAACAAACUUGUGCAUUCUUAAAGUGAAAGUCCACUCUGUAGAGGGUGCAGAUGUAAUACUAUGAAUAUGAACAGUUAUUUCACACGUGUGUGUUAACGGAUGAAUCUUUUGCAAAGCUAGAAAGAAGAGAGCCAAGACUGAUGUUUGAUGUGAUCACACACUGCUGUCCAGGCGGUGAUAAGCUAACAUAGCUGAUGCAGUUUUACCGACAUUUCAUAAGUAUUAGAUAUAUUCUGACGUGUCGUAUUUUAAUGUAAGAGUAUCACAUCGCUCACUCUCAUCCAUUGUUAAUAGAGCUUUAGGAACUGUGUCACAGAGACGUUGCAGAUUAAUGUUGCGUGUUUCGCUUCAGGA